GACCUAAAAAAAUUCAACACAACACACUACCCUCCGAACACGUUUCUCAAGUUUGCAUCAGCGCUCAACAGGCUCAUGGAGGACGGAAUCUUGACCAAGGAGAUCCUACAGGAUGUAACACAUGAUACCACGGUUGGAGUCACUUGGGUGUACGCCUGGAACCAUGUCGUAAAGCUAUUUGAGAGAUCUGAUAGGGACAGCAUUCUUAAAAACUUAUUUUCAAAACUAGACACUGUGCUACCCGCCGUCAAUACAACAGAAAUCUCAGGGUCUCUCUACGUACUCUGGAACAAUUACAUCACCUGCUCGGUCUUGUCACCCCAGACCGAUGACACCUGCAGGGCGACAGCUCGAAACGCCUGGAAAUACGCCUUGCAAUUCGUCUCAGUUAUAUUUAGAGAAGCUGCUGGUGAUCUACUUACAUUUUUCAAGGAGUUUUAUGACCCUGAAAGAAAUCUGUUGCAAGUACUUGGUUUCACAAAGAAGACUGUAUUGUAUGACAUGUAUGAAAAUCUCGGCGACUUUAUGGGCGUACUACUCAAUUCCUACGGGGACCAUGUAUUUAUGUCAGAGAUUCGCAAAGCAUCUCUCUCCCAAUUCUGGGACUGCGAAAGCAUCGUGUCAGCUUUGGUGCCGCCACCAGGCAGCAUCAUAGAUAGCGAAACUAUCACACGAAUACGGCCCAUCAUCUGCCCGUCUGCCCUGUACUGGUUGUCGCUGCCUGUAGGAGAUAACACGUUGCUUGAUGUUAUUGCUAAGCCUCAAUACUACUUCUACACACUGGACGUAAACAAUCUAACUAGCUCGUAUGAAGAAGCCUACGACAACAUGAACGAACUAUCAAACUUAUUUAUAGACAUCGCUAACAAAACACAAACUCUCAUCAAAGAAGAAGAUAUUACGUUGGAUUCCCUUCGACACAAACUUGAGAGACUCGUCGAUAACGUUUUGAAUUACAAAAUAAAUUCAUCCGAUCCUUCAUAUAGAAAUUUCAACGAUAUUAACAAAAAACAAUUUGCGACCACUAUUUAUUUAACACGAAUAGUAUCGAUAAUUAAUAAAAUAGUUGGUAAUAUUUCAAAUUUGAAUGUCAGUGAUGAUCUACAAGAGAUAUAA